AGGACACUCAAAUAAUGCCGAAGAAGAGUCAGCAUAAAAGAAAACUCCAGCAAGAAGAUUUUAAAAAACCGAAGCUUAAGGUUGGCAAAAAGAAGCCCAAAGCCGCAAAUUUUACAGACACAUCCUUCAAAUCAAGAUCAAUAAUUUUGCCUAGUCAAAGCAUUUCGGAAGACAAAUCAAAUGAAAUAACCAAUUCGCGGAACUUAACGCUGAAUGAUCUUGUGGUUCAAUUAAAACACUAUAGCCCUGGAACCAGAAAAGACGCCAUCCAAGGCCUCAAGGAUUUUUUCUAUAGAUACCCGAAUACUUUGUCAGAAUCAUUGUCCACGAUAGUGAAUUCUCUUGCACGGUUACUCAUCGACAAUGACAGAAAUGUCAGGAAAACAUUAUUAUCAUUUUUUGCGGAGUUUUUUCCAAACGUGCCAAAGUCAGAUAUAAGGCCCUUUCUUCCUCUCCUUAUCGUAUACACGUGUUCCGCAAUGACGCAUAUAUAUGAGGACAUAAGAAUUGACGCAAUAAAAUUCGUGGAAAUAUGGCUUUCAGUAGCUCCUGAUAUUGUGGUGGACGGAUUCUGGCGAAAGAUCAUACAAAAUUACAUUAGUCUACUUAGUUCUGAAUCAAAUUUUUCCAAUACAAGUGUCAAAGGUUCAGUUUCUGGUAUUACCGGUUUAUCUGUGAACGCGCAUACUCGAUUUUUGUCAAACGAGAUCAAAUUUGAAAUAUUAUCGAGUUUCCAUAAAAUUUUAAAAUUUGGGUUAACCAAAGGAGACGAAGAAAAUUCUCAUUGGUUUUUCUUGGACCUAUCACCUUCUGAUCGUUUGGGAAAUCAAACCACUAAACCUAUUUAUAGAUCGAACCAAGGCGUUUUAAACGAUUGGUCGAAAUUUCACGGAGAGAUGGGGCCUCCUCCUCUACAUUCCCUGUCAGCUACUCUCCUACCUUUUUUAUCGCUACCCGACGUCGAGCACAACUAUAAACAAUUAAAUCUGUUCAAUUCAGUGUCAUCAACAGAAGUCAAUAAAAGUUUUAUUAAUAUUGGAAACGAGGAUGAGGAUUCUAGAGAUAAUUUGGCUGAUCGCGAUGUUUCGACUUUACAAGGUCGUACGGCCGCUACCAAAGAGUUAUUAAAUACUUUGCACCCCAUACUUCUUUCCGUGUGGUUGGAAACCGUACCAUCAGUUUUUGAUUCGUCAACAGCUUUCCUUCAUAUGCAACCUGAAUUGCAAUUAAUUCAUACUGCGUUGAAAAUGAUAACUUUAUUGUGGCGUUCUUACGUGCACAACGUAUUUAAGAACAAAAGCGCGAACGAUGGACAAUUGAUCGAGGCCACCUUAAAACAAUUACUCAGGUACUUUGUUAUUCACUUUCCGUUUGGUUCUAGGUCUGAGGGAAUACAAGAUUUGAAGGUUGAAUCAAUUUUACAAGAAAUGAACAUUAUGUUUUGCGAAAUGGUGAUCUUAUAUUUGAUUUUGACAAAUUUGAACCCUCCGCCGGGAAAAGCAGAACUUAAGUUAAAUAGUAAAAAAUUGACGCUGGCUCAUGCACGUAAAAAAAGGAAAAGAGAUGAUGACUCCGAGACGAUAAAAUCAGAUAAUUUUUGGAUUGAUCAAGUCUUCGAUUAUGUCAUUGAGUUUUUGGGGUCUGAGCAAAGCAAAAAUAAUAUGAUGAGAAUUUCGAUGCACACGAAACCAGAACAUUUGACUGCAAUGCUACCUACUAUUUGGGGCUUGCUUAACUGUGCAGAUCAAGAGAGACAGGAAAUCAUUUUUGAAGCAAUCCUAGACUACUCUCGAAGAUGCCACGCUCAAUCUAUCGCCAAACGAAAAUGCAUAGAUUUCAUAUCAAGAGGAUUGAUGUUGCAAAGUUUCUCAAAUCGUAAAGACUCUUCCUUGGUUGCAUCCUUACAAACUUGGGCUUUAAGUCUACCAAAGUUGUUAUGGGAGCUAAAAACCAAUAGUCUAGAAACCACGGAGGAUAUCCUCGGCGUUUUAUGCGAUUUUGCGAAACGUGGUGACAAGUGUAUGUUUGAUAAUGAGAUUUGGGAUCAGUUACAAACAUCCCUUAUUCCAUUUUUUUACGUGGAACUACCUCACAAAGGCCCUUUAUACGGACCGUUUAUUUCACUGCCCGAAAAUCUUCAGCGUAAAACCAUCGAAUUUCUUUACUACUGUCCCAGGAUUACAGACAAAAUGAGAUCGUCCCUAAACCAGGUGUUUAGGCGAGAAGAAGUUGAAUCGGUCAAAAUUUAUGUAAAGGAUUUAUCAGAAAAAUUCUAG